AUGGUCAAGCUCAGCAAAAUGGAUCUCCCCCAAAUCGCGUCCCUCUCACUCAACGAGGCGAAGUCGGUCAACUCGAAAGAUGAGGUGGAGAAACCCAAGGUAGUGCUAGUCAACGAUAUCUGGUACAUGGUGUUUGCAAAGCUCGUCAAGGAGAACCUCAUCGUCGCAUCUCACCCCAGUCUUGGCCGCCUGCCACACACCAAGGAGUUCUACGAUUGGCUUCGCGGGUGCAGACUUGUGUCCAAAGAUUUCGACAUGAUAGUGAUGCCAUUGGGGUAUAGUUUUGUGGACAUGAGCGGACCGCUGAUCAAGGAUCGGCUGCCUAAUGUCUCUGGACCUUUACGUGAUAGCUUCGUGGAGUUGAUCAAAGAUGUCACCACUGUUCUCCAAUUGCCACAUGUUCAUGAUUUGGAAUUCGAGACCGACGUAAGCCAGUUGAUUGAGAGCUGUCAGCGAUUGAAGAAAGUGCAAUUUAAGAAUAUGGUCGAUUUUAGAGACAACACAGGUCACAACAUGUCGUACUUGGCAUCGAUAUGGCUUUCAUCAUUCCUCAACAACAGAAGGCACCCACAAGGAUGUUGCUUUUCGGUCGACUCCAGAUGGACUGUAAUAGAGCAAACCGCAACUCCAUAUGAUAAUCUAGCUCUUCCAUACCAUCCUGCCGCCGGCCGCUCCAUUGAUCGCCUCGGUAUCAACUUCUGGUGCAACCCCUCGCCAUUCAGAUACCUUUCACCUACAGGACAUCGACUACCCGCUAUGGAAAGGCUAUUUCUCAACAAUUAUGACUGGAAACACUCAUGGAAAGAGUUCGGUCUCAUUUGGGACUUCUCGGAACUUUGCAUGCUGACUCUUGAAGAAAUGGAUCUGAUUCAAUUCUUCAUGCAGAUCCCAGUGGAUUCAUGGUGGCAAGUAUGCGUCCUCGUCAUAGAAGCGCCCAAAUUUGACAUGACGAAUUAUCAAUCGAUGGAAGAGAUGCAAGAAAUGGCUCGAGCGGUAAUGCGGCAGAUCUUUAACCAUUUCACCAAUCUCCGGUCUCUGGAAAUUGGCUGCGAUGAAUUACAUAAAGUCUUUCCGAUCGAUGUUAUUGCUGGAACCCUGGAAAAUCUCGAAAGCUUGGAGUUGACCGGGGUUUACGAUGAGCAGCCCAUAUCUCUCCCUUCCCUGAAAGAAAUACUGUUCGUCGGUAAGAACAUCAAGUCCCUAGUCCUAGAGUUUAGCCCCGUAGAUGGAGAUGCUUUUGAGAUCCUCAAACUUCUAGCACAGACUCCAGGACUCCGUCAUAUUGAUCUGAUAAUGUCCGCGCACAAUCUUGGGGUUGAUAAGAGCAAACACAACGCAACAGAUCCUGAUUACGAUGCAGCCGAAAAAUUACUGAGAUACCUACAUUCACAUAGACUUGGCGACUCUUUGCAAUUUAGACUGUUGGUCCGACAUUCAAGCCCACCGCCAGCAUGGAAGCCAGCGGACGGGGAGGUCUGGGAUUCGUGCAGAUCUUACGAAUCGAAAAUCACUGAGUUCGGGGUAUAUCAGCAGACCGGAAGUCAACGCAUUGGACCAAGAACAUCUGAAUCAUCUCUAGAAACUGUAGAUGGUGGCGCUUCCACGAACGAGGUGAACUGAGCCCUUGCACGGCAUGGGUGGAAGGGUGACACGAUCUUCUUGCUUUGCUCCCAUCCCCUUGUAAGACUAGACUCUAUCAUGCAGCUUUGUUAUCAAUGGA